AUGCCCAGUCUUGGAUUACCAGGUUAAAUUUCAUCUCAGAGGAAAACGACCAAGACGGGCGCAUUUUAGCAAACGAGCUCAACGGCCCAACACAACAGCGUCGGGGGAGAGAGAGAGAGAGAGAGAGAGUGAAGCAAGCAAUGGCGUAUGUGAGCAUGGGGGAAGCUCACAGAAGAAUCACAGACUACCUAAACCGCUUCUCCGACGCCGUUUCAUCGCAAGACGGCCCUUCUCUCCGGCGCCUCUUUGCCGUUUCCUCCAACUCCUCCCUUCUCCUUUCCCUCUCCGACGCCCUCAACGUCUUCCAGGACUACAAUAGACUGAUCAAACAGUCCGAUAGAUACUCUCAAUUGGGAGAAAUCCUUGCUCCUCUUCUUCGUUCUCUGCAGAGUUACCGGCUCCGUCACUUGGUCGAUGCUUACCACAACUUUGAAAAAUCUGCCAAUGCUUUCAUUCAGGAGUUCCGCAACUGGGAAUCAGCGUGGGCUUUGGAAGCGCUAUAUGUUAUUGCUUAUGAAAUUAGGGUUCUUGCCGAGAAGGCUGAUAGAGAGUUGGCUUCCAUUGGGAAGACUCCGGAAAAAUUGAAGGGGGCUGGUUCGUUUCUUAUGAAGGUUUUUGGGGUUCUUGCCGGAAAAGGCACAAAGCGUGUUGGAGCAUUAUAUGUGACUUGCCAGUUGUUCAAAAUUUAUUUCAAGCUUGGUACGGUUCACCUUUGCCGAAGUGUGAUAAGAAGCAUUGAAACUGCUCGUAUAUUUGAUUUUGAGGAAUUUCCAGUGAGAGACAAGGUCACCUACAUGUAUUAUACUGGCCGUUUAGAAGUUUUCAAUGAAAAUUUUCCUGCUGCUGAUCAGAAAUUAUCGUAUGCCUUGACACAUUGCAACACUCACAGUGAAGCAAAUAUAAGGAUGAUUUUGAAAUAUCUGAUACCCGUAAAGCUUUCAAUAGGCAUUUUACCGGAAAAAUGGCUCCUGGAGAAGUAUAAUCUGAUUGAGUAUGCUGGUGUUGUGCAAGCUCUUAAAAGGGGCGACCUCCGUCUUCUUCGUCAUGCUCUUCAGGAGCAUGAAGAUCAGUUCUUGAGGUCAGGUGUUUAUCUUGUCCUAGAGAAGUUAGAGCUGCAAGUUUAUCAAAGACUGGUGAAGAAAAUCUAUAUCAUUCAAAAGCAGAAGGAUCCAACCAAAGCACACCAAGUGAAGUUGGAAGUGAUUGUGAAAGCACUGAAAUGGCUAGAGAUGGACAUGGAUGUCGAUGAGGUGGAGUGUAUAAUGGCGAUUCUAAUAUACAAGAACCUAGUGAAAGGGUACUUUGCACACAAGAGCAAAGUGGUGGUUCUAAGCAAGCAAGAUCCUUUUCCCAAAUUAAAUGGCAGACCUAUCAAUUCAUAGAGGUUGGUUGCCAAAUUUUCUGUUGUAUCUUUUGCCUACCAAUAAUAGAUGUAGAGGAGUUGAGAGUGGGGCUGUGAUUGUGGCUAGAGAGCCCCAGUUGCAUUGCCAGUACAAGAUGGAACUUAUUUAUUAACGUGCUAAUUGCUAAAUCGUCAUUCUUAUAACAGUGACUUUUGUACAUGAAGUGCAAAUGAAUGUGCAAAAUUAUUUAUUCACUUA